GAAGUUUGGCGCUAAAAAAAAAAAAAGAAGCAGUUGUUCCUCAGCUCCUGUUGUCUGGAACGGAACGGAACGGAACGGAACGGAACGGAACUACAAGAGCCACACACACCGGGUCGGAUCCUGCUUCACGUUAACCUGUUUAUCUCACGGAGGAAGCUGAUCUCAAUGAGACGCGGAAGCCUUCUGGUACUGGACUUUAAGAUACUCUAUUGUAAAUAUAUGAUAUAUAUAUUUAACCGGCAGUUGUUGUAACCUGUAGAGCUUCCUCUGCACUCUGUGACGGGACAAAGGAUAACAACACCGGCUAGUCCGCCGUAAUUUACGGAGUCAUAUUAUUAGAAAAUACAGCUGAAUUGUCCGUUCGUCCCAUGCGUUUUGCAUUUAAUAGAUGGAUCUCAGCGGUGUGAGUGGCCCCUGAAUUAUUUUUCUUUUCUUUACGUAAGUGAAGUAACAUUCGCAGGGCAGAGACACAUAUUCACACAAAGCCGAUAGCAGCAGCAGCAGCUUGCUGUAACGGGGCAUCGACGGAGCGGAGCAUCGAUCGCUGUGUUUAGCGACCAGCUUGACCAAUCCGGUUGAAUUGAGUUUACUCGGCAAAAAUGAUGCGGAUGCCGAAAGGCGUCUCUCCGGCAUCGGGUCGGCCAGUCGCUGGGCUGUCAUGCCCUCAGCAGAAGAUAAAGGUGUUGUCCACCGGAGGAGUGAAGACCGAGUUCUUCAGCACCGGGCUGUCCAGCCCGCCGAUGAGCACGGUACCGGCAGGCUAUUUCACCCAGAUCUGCAACACCGCGGCGGCCGAACAAAGAGCCAACAGCCUGUAUUCAACCCCCCACGGACCAGAGGCUAAACCCAUCAGAUCAUCCUCCGGGCGACUGCCGGCUAAAAGGAAGCUGGAUCUAGAGGACCCUCUUUACCUUCCAGAGUUCCGCACACCAAAAGGCAAAGGCAGCAUUACAGCCAGGAUACCAAGUCCAAGGACUCCAAAGUCUCCAGGCGAGCGGACACGGUACGACACGUCCUUGGGCCUGCUGACCAAGAAAUUUGUGGGUCUGAUCGCGGAGUCUCCUGAUGGAGUUCUUGACCUCAACUGGGCCACUGAGGUUCUGGAGGUCCAGAAGAGGCGCAUCUAUGACAUCACCAAUGUCCUGGAGGGAGUCCAGCUUAUCCGAAAGAAGUCCAAGAACAACAUCCAGUGGCUGGUUGGAGACGUAUUUGAGGGUGGCGCAGGGGGAGGAGAGAAGGCUUGCUCCCUGAGGAAAGAACUUGGAGAACUGGAGAGAGUAGAAAGAUCUCUGGAUGAACUGAUCCACUCCAGCACCGCACAGCUCAAACAACUCACCGAAUAUGAAGACAAUAAGAGGUUAGGCUAUGUGACAUAUCAGGACAUUCGCUCCAUCGGCACUCUCCGAGACCAGACAGUCAUUGCCGUCAAGGCCCCCGCUGACACCAAACUGGAAGUGCCAGACACGGCUGGGCAGGGAUCAUUACAGAUCUAUUUAAAAAGUAAGAAUGGCCCCAUUGAAGUCUACCUGUGUCCAGAGGAGGGUCUUGAAGAUGCCAGCCCAGUUAAGAGCGCUGUCACCCCUAAAAAGGAGUUCCCUCAACCCCUCGGCCCUCCAACUGCAACCACAAUGGCGCCGCCGAACUACUGCAUCAAAGAGGAGUCUGCUGAAUUUAACAUAUCUACAGCAGCUGAAGCCACCUCCUCUGCUGCAGCCUCCACUCUGCUGGAUGUCGAGGGUCUGCUGGGUUUGCCCCCCAGCCUGCUCCAGAUGACAGAGGACCAACUGCCUUGUACCUCUUUUGCCUCAGACCCCAACACCCCCUUUGUCAGUUUCUCUCCACCUUUGGACCACGACGAUUACCUUUGGAGCCUGGAGGAUAGUGAGGGAGUGUCAGAUUUCUUCGACACCUAUGAUCUUGGAGAACUGUUGAAGAGCUGAGGUGUAGAUGUGGGCAGGAGGACAUUUGGGGAGAUUAUGGGGGUAAAUAUUUAAUUCAAUGCCAUCUCGAGGUAGGAAAUAAUACACUAUAAAGCCAUAACUCUUAGUUUUUACCAUGCCUGUUUUAAUGUUAAUGAUUUCAAAGGAGGAUUCUCCCCCCCCCUUGUUUUAUUGUAACAAAGUAAAAAUAAUUUGUACAUAACACUGAUGGUACUGGAAGGUUGGUGUUUAAAAAGCAGGCACUGUUUUUGAUCAUUCACAUUUUCAGAUUGCGCUACAAACAGAAAACAUGUAAUAACUCUUACAAACACAGUAGUUAUUGUGCAUAUCACAUCCCCAAGCAACACAAUCUGUUGCAUUGGGUUCAGUGUGACAACUCAGGAAUUGUUUUCUUUCUUGUUUCCAAAGUCUAAAUAUGUUGUGCCACUCUUUGGCCCACAGGGGGCAGCCUUGUAUUAUGUCAGCUUUAACUGCCGUGCAGCUUUACAAGAUUCAAUCACUGGAAUUAGUGUAAACUAAAGCCCAUCAAGAACUCACAGGGUGGGUUUUUAAGACCGUACCUGUCUUCAACACUGACCAAAUUAAGCUUAAGCAUCUCCAGCUUCAGUACAGUUUCGUGUGAAAUCUGAUUUUGAGCUCAUGUUUUUUGCUCAUGUUGCUUCUGUCUGAUAAGGUUUUCUCUUUCCUGCCUUGAGCUUUUUGUCAGGCCUUGCACCUGUUUGGUUCUGCAUUGUGUGCCAACAUGUGAAAGGUAGCUUCUGACACCAGAAAGUGGACCCAGAUCCAGAGUUAAUGACUCAUAAUAAGUACUUUGUUAACACACACACACACACACACACACACACACACACACACUCUGACUGAGCAAGAGAGUCGCUCUUGUUGUUUUGGCAGCUUUAUUUUGAAUCCAGGUGCUCCUUUAUGGAUAAGAGUUUGCUCAUUUUGAUUUAAAUUGUUUGAUUCAGUGGUGUGAAACUACUAUUGUAUUUCUGAGGAAAUAACCAAAAUAAAUUAAAUGCAGCAUCUGUGUUGCAGAUGUGGGGGUUAAUUGAUGUAAUUAAUGUUUACUUAGAGUAUAGAUUAGUUUUUUCUCUGGUUCAAAAAUGAAUGAAGUCUGUUGAUCUAGCAGCAACAGAAACAAAAAGGUAUUUGUACCUUUUACUGUUAAAAUGUCAAGCCCAUGAAUGCUUCCCCACAUGCGGUGGUGCAACCCUUUUAAAUGUCAAAGACAAAGUCAGAGUAGCUGCGACUUGUAUCUUUAUUUUUCGAAGCGUUCUAGACAUUUGGAAAUUUGAAUUUCAUACUGAUGUAUUUUUGGCUUUCCCUCUACACUGCGGAGAUAAGCUAACUGUCCUGUCCUAACGAAACUUGAAAAUGUGUGUUUGUGUGUGUAUUUGACAGCUUGGGAAAUUGGUGUCAUGGUGUGUUUGUGUGUGAGAUUUUACAAUGUAGAUUAGAGAAUGUGAAUUCAGAAUUUUUAGGUUUAUUAUUAUUAUUAUUAUUAUUUUCAAUGAGCAUUAUUUUUAUGGUAUUUGUACAUAAUUUGUUUUGUAUUUAUACCUAUUUUUUUCUGAAUUUUUUUAAAGUCUUUUUUACAGAAGACUAAACUGUUCUUGUAUGACAUGCGGCACUUAAUAUUUUGUAAUAUUGUGUGGUCUGUUUGAAAUGAUUAAAUAAAUACUGAAGCCAUAGUUUA